CUCUCUCUCUCUCUCUCUCUCUCUCUAAUGGCUUACAACAUGGCGAGCGUGCUUACGCAAAAACAUUUGAAGUAGUUUUUAAUGGAGAUGACGCAUAAGAAUAUUGUACUAUUGUUGUCUUGUAAAAUACUGCAGAAGAGGAACUUCUGAAGCAUUUUAUUUUCAAGCAUUACAAAUGGUUAUGAGAUUUUAUACAAAGUAAAUAAAUCUUUUAUUCUGUCUUUGCAAAUAUUAAAACAGAAUCUUGAAAUUAGUUUACACAAACAAGAUAGCGAUAUUUUCUUAUUAAUCAGGAGUAUUUUGAAAAUAGGAAGUAAGAAUUAACUGAAACAAGUUUUACAUCUAGCAUAAAUUAUUUAUAUUUUCUAUUAUCAUUCCAAACUUAUAGUUCGCUUUAGUUAGCUCUGUUUUAAGUUUCUUUUACGCUACUUACAACGUGAGGAUCACGUUGGCAAUCGCGAUUCCUCUUUGACAUAUUGUGUAUGAAUUAUCUUGAAAUAACUAUUGUUACUAAAUACCUAUUAUAAAAUAGAAUGUUUGGCAAUAUCGAAAGGCUAUUAAUCCAAUCACAGGACAUUAAGACGAUAGAAUGAUUUCAGUGAGAAAUCGCAUAAAAUAUAUUCAGUGGCCGAUGUAACCCGGCACGGCGUAUUGUAAGAUUACGUAAAUCACGUUAAGGAGCACCUUGCCUGGAAGGAAAUCCAUAUAUUAUCCCGGCCCUAAUAUGCCCGUACGUGCGUGCAUCCCUGAUGGUACCUGGCUCCUUAAGAUGACGCGAUAUCAACCCUUCCAUUCGUCCUUUGUCUUGAGUGUCUUAUUUCCGGCUUAGGUCCAUCAUGUACAACUCUGUCGCGGUAUAAAUAGUAUAAUAUUGUUGAUGUUAGAGUGGUUUAUUAUACAACGUGAUAAUUUAUUCACGUGUAUUAACAUAAAUGUUUUAGCACUUGCUUACUGAGUAAUAUUAUUUCAUCAGAAUGAUAUUUUAAGAAAUAUACUUGCUUUUCUAAUGACUGAUUAUAUAUGAUAUCUUUAAUAUUUAUUUUUUUUUGUAUGAAAAUUGCAUAUAUAUAUUUUUUCAAGUGAUGCAUAACGCAUCAUUAGGAAUAAUAUAAGAAAUAUUGAUAUGUAUCGAGUGUCUAAUUAUUUUUUAAUGGUACUAUUUACGUAAAGUUGCAUACAUAAAUUUUCUUUCAUAAAUUUUCCGCACUUUUUGUGAUUAGAAGAAUUAUUAAGAGAUGCGUUGAGAACCGCUGUUCCGUUUUGCGCGACGAGAACCUGCGGCAAAGGGUUAAAGGAAGGGAGUGUAACUCUCCGUUAUCUCGGCGUGCUUCCGUCGAGCGGCGGGCUCGGGGGUGGGGACGGUUUCUCGAGGGGUAGUAGAGGUACCGGGGGCUAGUUCUCCGGAGUCAAAAGAGGUCCGCAACGUUUUCAUGAUUUUCCCAGGCUAAUUGUUAUGCAUGGCGCGCAUCCCGGCCAUUUAGCCUUUAAACUCCUCGACCGCCUCUCUCUUUCUCCGUGUUUCUCGCCUUCUCUUUUGUCCGUUCCCUCACUCGUCGUGUCUCUCCCGUUCUCUCCUUUUCGCACGUGUUUUAACGUACAUGUGCGCCGACCUCCGACGUAGCUUUCCCUCGUUUAUCCGAAUGCCCAGCUACUUUCGUCUCCGUUCGUCUCACGGAACAUCGUUCCCUCCCACUCCGCACAAUUUUCCGACCGUGCCACUGAAUCUCACGUUUCUCUACGUAACACGCCGCAUCUCCUUAUUUUUUAUUCCGCCCGGUGACACCGCGAUAAGAGCGCGCACGUGCCUCCUUCGCGUAUCCUUCCGAAAACGCCGUCUUUGUCGAGGGGAUGAUGAGUGACCUGCUCGCUAAAUAUCUUCGAGAAUAACUAAGAUUUUCUAUGAGAAAUACUAUUCUUCUUACAUCUUUAACCGUGCAGUUAAAUUUUUAAAUGUAAUUUUUGAUUAAUGUCGCGCAAAUGAGAAUCCCCUCUUCGGUUUAUAUAAAAUAAGAAUAUUAAUUUUGUGUGAGGUAGGUAAAUCAGAGUCCAAUAAAUAAAAGAAUAUUUUUUAUACAUGUUGAAUAUAUACACAGAAAAAAACUAUUUUAUUGAAACGUCUGCAAAUUUAGCUAGAUAUAAAUAUGAAAAUAAUUAUGCUGGACUGUCAAAAUUAUAUAGAAUAUUCAAGCGUGAAGAUAAUGUUGCAAAAAGUUUUGACAUUCUAACAAUCAAAAGUUCGAUAAAAUUACUUUGAUAGUCCGAUGAUUUAUAAUUGUUUUCGGAUAUUUGUUUACAUUUUUAGAUAUUUAGUAAAACCGUUUAUUCCGUGCGGUAUUGUAAAAUAAAGUUACAUCCUUCGUUAUAUUUUUUUUUUAACGAAAUUUAAUAGAAUAUUAUCUUUUUUUCUCGUGCAAUAUAAAUUAGGUUGACGUAUCUAUAAACAAUUAUUUAUUUUUCUCUCUGUGUGAAUGUUUAUACUAUAUAAAUAUAUUUCUUAAAGUUUCUAUGGUCAUUGCAGUGCCAAUUACAUUGGAGUACAGUUAGCUUACUAGAUAAUUGAUAGAUAUUUGCCUUCCACGAGAAAUAUUCAUUAUCUCGGUUAUUGCAUUAAAAUAUAAAUUGCAGAUACCAUAAAAUAUAAACGUUCGUAAAACAGCACGCUUAUUUCGCAGUUAAUGGACGGAGCGCGCGCGCAGUUCGGUCAUCGUGAUUUUACAGUGCAACUCGCGCGCGCGCCACACACACAAAUACAAUCGUGAUAAUACAAUCGCGCUUGUUCUUCGUUUCGCGCGCAAGGCCGCGGCGACUCUCUCGCGAGUAUUAUAUAUCUUUUAUCUGACGAAGCAAAACAUCGUUAUUCUUUAAAUCGCGUCUCCAGGAAUCACACAUUUUACUUUACACAUGCAGACGUACCGUUGAAUUAUUACGGCGCGGAGGCGCGCACCGUGUAGAUCGGUCAUCGCGGUUUUCCUCGUGAAACCUCACGCAGACGUCGGUUGCGUGCAUGAGCAUAUAGUGCGGUAUAUUACUGUAAACUCUCCCGUGCGUUUCUCGGUUUGUCCCGCGCGUCGUGUGCACGGCAUAACCAGCGUCGCGUGACGUCUCGCGUUUUAGUCGAUAUACCUCGCGGCGAGUGAAGACAUUAAAUAACAAAGCGCGUAUCGGUACGCGUCGACGUGAAGUGCGAUUCUCCAGCGCGACAACGUUGAACACCGGCAUAAAAUGUAACGCCGAUGUCCCCACUCACUUUCUCCCUUUCCCUCCGUUGCGAGAUUUAAUAAUUGUUUCCGGGAAGCGGAGGAAUAAUUCGCCGUUUCGUGGCGUUGCCUAAAAUCUCUCUUUCAAAGUACACCUUGCCAUUUAUAAAACGCUCCCAUUGAGACUUCGGGUAGGAGAUAAGAGACGUACGUCACCGACAAAGGUUAGCUUUACAAGCGCCUCCGUCGAAUACGGUUGAUGGAAAAAGUGAGCGGAGAGAGCGAUGUACCGAGAGGAUUAAAAUCUGUAAUGGGGUGGACUUAGAUAAGGGAUUAAACGGAUUCCCAUUUGAUCCAUCUAUAUCGCGUACGGGGGCGUGUAUUUACGCGCAUAUUUGGGCGGCGGGCGCCGUAAUUCGAGGCAUAAUUCCUCGUUUGACCGUGCGAUUUAUCGUCGUUGCCAAUGCAUACGUCAACGCGAUGGUUUCCCCGGCAGCGUAUGAGGUAUAAAGCGAGGCCCGUCAUUUCCUUUGUAGAGACGCGCUGUGCCCGAUGCUAAGUUUAGCGUAUCACGGCUAGGCUGCCUUCAAUAGUAAAUGACACUCGGAUGCGGUAGUUUGCUGUGUUGUAACGAUGACGAUUUGCGACGCGACGCGUUGACGUGAUGCUUAAGGGAACAAUGAGGCGCGAUGCGUUAUCUUUACGUGAACGGGAUACGCUACGACGUCACUGAUUCGCAUUUGGUGCAACGGCGAGCAUGCAGGCAGUAGCGAUCGCCGAUCAAGCAUCUGACAGCCACAUUGUAGGGAUAAGUCAGUGGUGUAUACUUCCCUGGCGUCUGAGACAGAGUGACGUGGCUUGUUGAUGGACACAUUGGUGAAAAUCCGUUCGACAACGGUUCGUGGGGAAAGGAGCACUUUCAGCCAUCGACAGUUCCCUGGCAGCUGAAUCCGCGCAGCCACGGUCGUCCUAGUGACGAUGGCAUAAUGGAUCAUGACACAGACGGAGACGGCGCGAUCAACUUGUCAACGUCACAGCGACCCUCCGCCGCCACCACCCCUAAUGGUGAUACUCCUACUUACGGCCAAGAUCAACAAGACAACGAUCAGGCUACUUCGCUGUUUGCAGCCCUGAAGCAGCAGCAACAGCAAUCACGCGACAGCGUCUUCUCGUCGCGGGACCGCGACUGCCGCGACAGGGAUCGUCUGUCUACAGUCCGCAAUCGCGACUCCAGCAGAGGCAAUAUAGCGGAGACCGGUGGCGGUGGCGGCGGCAGCGUCGUUGCUGAACAACAGCAGCAACAGCAGCAGCAACAGCAGGAUCUCAGCAUCGAGUACCAAAGCAAUGGGAAGCUCAGUCCCGCCGGACACGCAGUGACACCAGCACCCAUGACCCAGCAAAAGCAGCCAAUCAUCACGCAGCAGUCGCAACAGCCCAGCUCAGGGGCACCGGGGCCCCAACCUAGCCCGCAUCAAAGUCCGCAAGCCCCACAGAGGGGUUCACCGCCGAAUCCUUCCCAGGUCCCGCCACCUGGUGGCCCGCCCGGGGCUCCGCCGUCGCAGACCCCCUCGCAGAUGAUGCUCAGCUCGGCGAGCGGCCUCCAUCAGAUGCAACAGCUGCUGCAGCAACAUAUACUCAGCCCCACACAAUUGCAAUCCUUUAUGCAGCAGCAUACGUUGUACAUGCAGCAACAACAACAGCAACAUCAUCAGUCACAUCAUCUCAUUAAAUUCCAGGAUUCAUCUUCCGAUCAUCCAUCUAAUCAGGAGCGGUUCGGUUACUUUUCCUCUUUAAAGAAUCAUCAGCAUCAACUCGCGGAGCUUAACAAGAAACAAUUGGAGCAGGCAAUGCAGCAACUGCAGGAACAAUUGCAGCUGAACUUAUUUCAGCAGACGCAUUUAUUGCAAACGGCGGACAAGAAGAAAGCAUCGGCGCCUCUCCAACAAUUAGCUAUUCAGCAACAGCAAUUAAUACAGCAACUGCAAAUUACACAAAGGCAAUAUCUACUACAGCAAGGGUUGAGUCUUCAAGGUCAUAAUCCUUCUUCAGCAUUACCACCAAGUGAUAAUCUACCGUCAUGGAAGUCAGAGCCCUCGGAUACGCCGGAAUCUCAUCAGAAUUCCAAUGUGUCAAAAUCCAAUUCUGGAUUGAACGGCAUUCUGAAUUCGAUAGCUUCGAGCCGACGAUCCGAGGUGAACGGCACAACACCGAUGGACGAGAAGCCACUGGACGCCUCCUGCAACGACAAGGUUCAUCCCCUCUAUGGCCAUGGGGUUUGCAAGUGGCCAGGCUGUGAAGUAAUUUGUGAAGACUAUCAAGCAUUCCUUAAACACUUAAAUACAGAGCACACAUUGGACGACCGAUCGACAGCGCAAGCCAGGGUCCAAAUGCAAGUAGUAUCGCAGCUAGAAAUUCAGUUGCAGAAAGAACGAGACCGAUUAGGUGCCAUGAUGCAUCAUUUGCAUAUGGCAAAACAAAUGGCUUCCCCGGAACCGCCAAAGUCAUCUGAGUCAUCGACGGGCUCGAAUUUACCAAAGCUAAAUUUUUCCACUGCACUAAUGAAUCAGCCGCCACCCAACUUCGGGGUCUCUCAAGUGUCACCAGUAUCCAUGUCCGCGUUGGUGUCCGCCGUGAGGUCGCCCGCGGGUGGUCAGCUACCCCCGUCGUUAAAUACCCCCGUUGGCAGUGCCCCGAUACCGCUUCCGACCAUACCAAACAUGUCCAGUUUGCCGCCCAUGCCCAAUAUGCCUGGCAGUAUGCCCAGUAUGGCUGGUCCAAUUAGACGGCGCAUCAGCGACAAAUCGGCUCUUUCCUUGGCAGGAGGACUGUAUGACGAGGGCACUGUAAGGCGCAGAGUAGCCGUCGAUAGAUCUGGAAUAGAUAUUAACGAAGGGCUGCCCUACAUGCUGGAGCGUGCUGGCCUUGACGUCCAACAAGAAAUUCAGCGAAAUAGGGAAUUCUACAAGAAUGCAGACGUCAGACCACCGUUCACGUACGCAUCCUUAAUUCGGCAGUCUAUCAUCGAAUCACCCGAGAAGCAGCUGACGCUCAAUGAAAUUUACAACUGGUUCCAAAACACAUUCUGCUACUUCCGGCGCAACGCAGCAACGUGGAAGAACGCGAUCCGCACCAAUCUAUCAUUGCACAAGUGUUUUGUGCGCUAUGAGGACGACUUCGGGUCAUUCUGGAUGGUGGACGACGCCGAGUUCGUAAAGCGGCGGCAUCUGUCCCGCGGCCGCCCCAGGAAAUAUGACCCAACCCCAUCACCCACUCCACCCCACCUCUCCGCACAGGGUGUACCGUCAAAGAGUCCAACGUUGACGCAUAGUCCUACUAUGUACGGUGACGCGCUUAACGCCAACCUGCAGUAUUUCCAGGCACUCGGGGAGUCUAACAUGGGAUUUUUGAAUCCGAUGUGCACGUCAACAGCGACAAGUCCUGAUAAGGAACAUGUGUUACCUCAUAACGACUUAAUGUCGCCGCUGGAUGAACCGGCCGUGCACAUAAAGCAGGAGAGCCAGAGCCCGGAAGGAGGGAAGCACGCGAGAUUAAUAAAGCGCGAGCUGCCGGACGGGCCUAUGGAGCAGGAGACGGAGGAUGAUCAGGCGGACGAGAGAGAGUACUCGGAGAGUCAUGGCCACGACUCCGGCCAGGACGAGGAUAUCGCGGAGGACUUGUCGAUGGCACCCGACAUAAUGAUCCCGGAGGAUCAGGUCGAGGCGUAGUAUCGCUCUGUCGUAACGAGCCGAUAAAAACGAGAUGUAUACAAAGUGUCCCGUUUGUUCGGUCACGCGAUCGAGGAGAAAAGAGCCCUUCUACUACGUUGACCAGGGUAGAUCAGAGGACGGAGGUGAAUGAGCGGAAGGGAGAAAACGAGGAGCGAGUAGAACGGGAAGCCGAAGAUUCGAGGAGGAUGACGAAGAAAGCCCUCCAGGACCACCUACUCCCUCCACACUCCUCCUACGUACGAGUCCCCCUCAGCGUAUCAUAUCUGUGCCGCGACGUCCCAAUGGCGGCUUUAAGGUAACGAAAAAGGGAGCCAAUCGAAUUUGUGAGAAGGACACUGUCGGUUUAAGCGACGGCGGCACUACCGACGUCACAGCGUCGUAAUCUCGGCGAUAUUUUCGGGAGCGAGAUCCUUCGAUCCAUAUCCUUACUCAAGCAAUUGCGAACAACGAUGUAUUUUAUUUUUCCUCUCGAUCUUUUUUCCGUUUCGGUCAGCCGCGUUAUAUCUCUAAAAUAAACACGUAUACAUAAAUAUAUACAUAUAUCUUUCUCUUUCUUUCUCUCUCUCUCUCUCUCUCUCUCUCUCUCUCUCUCUCUCUCUCUCUCUCUCUCUCUCGUGUACAUUGCAUUAGAAAUUAAUGUAGCGACGAUAGGGCACACCGAGCACGGCGCGCCUUGCGGUCGGCGCGCCUUACCGGACGCCCCGGAAACGCAACGGGAAGUACUCUUCGCCGGAGGAACCGAUGGCUUUGCGGUUUAUGCACGCGUGCGUAAGAUAAAAUGCCGAGUAAUUGGACGCGGACGCUCUAAGUCUUUAAACUUUUUUUACGUUCUAUCGAACAAGCAAUAUAAUUUUUUUAAAUUACAAAUAAUUAAAAACAAAUGAUUAAAAAUGAUUAUAUAUGUGUUAUAUGUACAGGGUAUUUCCGGUGGUACAACCACUGGAAAUACCCUGUUAAAAUGUAUGCCAAUUUUUCAGGUCGAUUAUCUCGGAAAUGAUAUAUUAUACCAAAAAGAUUUUUUAUUCUACGUUUUCAACUUAUUUUUUCUUGCAGAAAUCACCGGAAUACCUCGUAUAUAUUGUGCGAAACGUUUUCUAUUAGGUGGUACGAUACUUCGUACUUUGUAUUGAAAGAAAGUCAUGCUGUUUUCGUUUCGUGUGAUCAUUCGAUAACUCACGUGACUAAAUUGUUGCGAAAUAAUGUGCCAUGCUCGUCGAUGACAUUCGACAAUUCGGAACUUUUGGGUAAAGAGAAAACCAAAUCACGAGGAAGCAAUGCGCGGUUCCGCCGGAGAAGCGAAUCGAUCGGACAAUCCGAUGGGAUUGAAUCUAAAACAUAAAUCGAUAAAGCCAUGAUGGUAGUGAUGGUGGUGGUGGGUACGUACGGGAGCGACUGAGUUUAGUCUUUAAGUCGUUCACCCAGCGAGCGAAGAGCAUUGUGUUAUUCUCGCGAUUAAGCGGGUUCUCUCGAAGAGAGACCUCGGUGUAUCAGAUACAAGACACACACACACACACACACACACACACACACACAUACACACACAUACACAAAAGUUAAAGUAAGAAUCGCAUCCGUGACGAAACCGGAUGCGUCCCGGCGUACCCGUCCGCUACACUUGGUAGCACUCUGUAUAGUCUAGUGAAGUUGAUCGUAAGUAGUUUCGUAUUCAUUAAAUGGUAAUUAAUCGGUCGAAAAAAAAGGAGAAGAAAACGGUCGAUGUGUUUGUAAAUGAGCGCUGCGAUACGCGACGCUCGUACGCACGCACGCGCGCGCGUGAGACGAUCUUUCAAAUUAUACUUUCCGAUCGAGCCGGUCAGAAAUCCGCGAUGCAAAAUGAUAUUAUAUUAGGUGUAUGUAGCUCCGCGCGACACGAUCGGGGAUGACACUCGAGCGAACGUUACGAAACCGGGGAUAAGUGGGAAGAUCGCUAACGCGACGUUUUAUAAGAACGUGUAUACAUUACACGGGAAACAAAAUUCCAGAUUUGACGCUACAUCUCGACAAUUUUUUUGUACGAUAAAUAUAUAUAGAUAUAUAUAAAUAUUUAACUUCACACAUCGUUUCUAAGGUAUAGGAUAGACUCAGCACCGUGGCGAGAUGGUGCUUUUCAAGUUCCAACGCAUUGAAAGCUAGCAUUUCAACGUCUUGGACGAUUAACGUAAAAAAUUUCGAGUUGUUAGGUAUUAUACGCGUUCAAGAAGAUUAUAUUAUAGUUAUUAGCACUUCCUUCUGUGAUACGUGAAUAGUAAGACCACUAUAUUUAAUUAUAAUAUAUAUACAUAUAAUUAAGGGACUUAUAUAUAUAUCUAUACGUUACAAGUCGUUUUUGGUUGCUAAGUCUAUUGUAUAUCACAAAUUUUCCUUAUCAAUUACAGGUAAUUAAUGUAUGUCACGCUAUACCGAAUCGAAUGUCGAAAGAAAAAAAUAUUGCAUAAAACAAUAAUAAGGUUAAACAAUAAUCACGUUAAUGAUCUCCCUACUUCUCUAAGCAUGAAGUCUAUAAAUAAAUUAAAAAAGGUACUAUGCAUAUACACAUAUAUUAAUACGUAUACGUAUCGAAAUUGUAAGGAAUUAGAUGUCGACAGCCCUCUCCAUCCAAAUUUUUCUCCUCCCUCCCACACCCGUUCCUAGUCUUAUAUGCACACACACACACACACAAAAUCGAGGACAGUAUAUUUCUUCUAAAGUGCGCGGUUUUCAAAUCCUGAAACGCAAGUGUAGAAAACGAAUCCAUGUCAGUAUGGCAAACACUUUAAGUUGUAUUCGACAAUUCGAAUUUCUCUUGAGCCAUAUUUUUUUAAAUUUUCCUAUGUAAACAACAUAUUUGUCGAGCUUAGAAGCUAAUGCAAUUACCGUAAGGCGUUUACGUCACUUCCACGCAACAACUGGAGACGAAAAGCGCAUUUAUAUUUUUUAUUAGUGUGGCAUUAUGUGCAAUUCGAAAAACGAUAAUUUCCAGGAAAUAAGAUCUAUGCAAACCUCGUAUGAAAUAUUUAACUUUGAAUUAAAUAAAACAACUUCUUGGCAACGUCAAAUACUGUAGAAUAUUUAAAAAAAAGUUUCGAAAAAUAUUUCACAAUUGUUUGAUAUCUGUUGUUUAUUCACAGUUGUCUUAGUUUUAAUUGCAAAUUCCAGUUGCAACUUUAAUUUUAAUUUUAUUGAUGUUUUAGUACAUCUGUAAGUAGAAUACGGGAGUUUGUGAAAUUUUAUAAUGAGUUCUUUCUUAAGUGAGCGAUGUUAAAACGCAUUGUAAUAAGAUAACGAUUACGUGAAAUUGUUUUUUGCUUGUAUUCUUUUAUCUCUAAGUGAUAUUUUUUCUAUUAUUAUUGUAAAAGAAAUGUAAAGGUAAUUGAAAUCACGUAAAUCACAAUUGAAUCUUACAGUAGAAACUCACAAACUUUCGCAGUCUAGUUAUAAGAUGCAAAAGUAACAUUAAAUUUUAUUAAAGAAUGAAUAUAUUGUACUUCAUUCCUCUUUUUCUGUUUAUCUGUCUAAGCAGAUAUUAUCUUUUCUCAUUUUGGGAAAUUGAAUUGUAAUAACGUGAAUGUUUGAAUUAGUUAUUUCAGUGAAAAAUCGUAUAAAAAUAAGAAAAUACGAUAUAUUGAUAUAAAAUAUUACGAAUUUUAUGUUUUAAUUUGAAAUUUUUAACAAUCAAUAAUUGACUAAACCUGUGCAUAUAAUUUGAGUAAAUCUUUUCUGCAAGUUGUUUACAAGUUUUAUCAUUAUUACAUAUUUGUAAUAUGUGUUAUUAAAUGACUUUAUUCGGUUGUUACAAGCAUUCUUUUAUUAGAAAACAUUGAAUAAAAGAAACAAAAGUUUGUUAAAUAUAUAUUGAUAAAUUAGUUAUAUGUCAAUAACCUUAAUUACACAUUAAUAAUUUAUUAUUAAUUAUAAUUUAUAGAAAUGCGUUUCUUCAUUUUUAUAAUUGUCGAAUAUUGACAAAGCAAAACAUUACUAAAAAAAAAAAA